AUGGCGAAUAACGUAUAUUCGCCCUUUCUACAAAACAGUGACGAUAUUGACAGUCAACAUAUAACUACUAGCGAUUUGUCCGAUGGUGAAGAUGAUGAAAAUGAGGAGGAAGAAAAAGGUUGCAAGGAAGGCGACAUUCCUACAACUAAGGAUGUGUUAGUAACAAAGCUUAAAAGAAACUGUUUAUUUGGUGAUGGAAAGGAUAUUAUAGAUAUUGAAGAAGUUAUGAAAAUAGAAUACACCCUACAGCGUACACUGACACAAAAAACCGCUUCACGAAUAUACGGUAUACCGACAUCCACGCUGAGUGAUAGAGUCUUGAAAAAAAACAGCAACAAAAAGCAAGACCCUCGGCAGAUCAACCGCAAUCCCAAUAGAAUUGAAAAUCAAGCUUGCAAACUGUCUCUACGUGUGAUGGAAAAAUGGUGUUGGGGCUUAUUCAGAAAAGAGGUACUCGAUGUAGCUCAGGAGUUUACCAUAAGCAAUAACUUAGAUACCUCCUUCAAAAAUGGCAGACCCGGACCUGAUUGGUUCAUUUCUUUUCGUCAGCGGCACAAUUUAUCAAUAAAAAAACCGCAAGCAGUCGAGUACGUUAGAAGAAAAAUGACCGAUCCAUUUGUCAUCCACGAAUAUUUUGCUCUUUUACAAAAGACUUUUCGUGACUUGAAUCUUACUGAUCCUAAGCGUAUAUGGAACUUAGAUGAAACGUCUAUUUGUCUCGACCCAACAAAAACAAAAGUUGUAGGUGCCAAAGGAAAGCCUUGA